AUGUCAGGACUCCAGCUGGUCACCCCCGCCUCCAAUCCCAUGGGGCCUUUCUUUGGUCUCCCGUGGCAACAGGAGGCCAUCCACGAUAACAUCUACACACCUAGGAAAUAUCAGGUAAGGAAGGAGGAAGUCCAAUUGACAUUGGAGCUCAACCGUGUUUAAACUGACACUUGACUAUGCACUAGGAAAGAGAUUGCAGUGCGUUGUAUGUAGACAUUGUUGUCACUUUCCCCAUUGAUCUAAUAUCUGAUAAUGACUAUAGCCUAACCUAUGGAAUAAAGAUGGAUACCCGCACGCAGAUUAAUGCUCCCGCAGUUUUUUGUGCAAAACUUUGACUGGCCUGACAGAAGUGUUAACUCAAAAUGACACAACGACUAGGUUCCAGUUUAACAACGUUUACUUCACCGUAUUAACCACAGUACAUAGUCGCAUCACGUAUUAUUUAAGUUCCCCAUUACAAAUGGGUUGUGUGACAAAGUUUUAAUUUGUAUUACUCAAGCUGCCACUUUCCAUUACUUAGUGCCUUUAGGAGCACAAGACCGGAUGCUCCCUUUUUAGUCAGACAGUCAGCAAGCUGUUCCUUUGUGGCCGACCAGGAAAACUUUGAGGUGGGGAAUCACAGUUGUUGCAAAGGUCUGUGAGCCACCCCAGAUGAAGUCAUCAACAUGACAGGCAUGUACUCCAGUCACAUUGCAGUCUUGAUCAAGCCAAUAGAAGACUGCAGGAUCCACUUGUGACAUUCUUCCACCUGUAUUCAGCAUUGUUGCCUUGACUUUAUUGUACCAGUAGAGUGAUGCAUCUGCCAGGCCAGACACACACUUUUUUAGUUUCCACAGUGUUCCUUUGCUCUUAGCUUCAGGUGGAGGUCAGAUGUGAAUGUCCCUUGACAGCUCUGUUCCCUGCAGAAAUGCAAUGAAGUUUCCAUUUUUUCUGGCAGAUCAAAGUCAGCAGCAAUCUGAGUGAUUCUGAGGCGCAUGUCGGUGAGUCUUUUGGGAGUUCUUUAGCAGCCAGCUCCUCAAAACCUCUAGCCACUAGAUGUGCUUUUGGCACUAUUCCAGUUAAGGAUUCUUUAAGGGUACACACCCAACUUGUUGAGACACAUUUUUGGCCAGUGUCUUUGACUUUCUCAAACACUCAAUUUUUCCUCCAAUUACUGAGCUCAUCUUGUUUAGCUGAGUCAAAUGACACGUCCUUUGUUUCAAGUACAUAAUCAUUUUGAAUGUCAUCCUUUUUUUCUCGAUUUUCCAUUGGUUAAAUUCUGAGAUGAUCUACAAGUGACAGGUCAGCUGACCCUGUUGUACCAAAAGUGUAGCUGGUUCAGAGUACUGCAAGUUUCCUUUGGCUUUUCCUGCUUGUCCAAUGACUGUUGCUGUGUGUGGAAUACCACUUUCUCUGUCCAUGUAAAUGUUCAGUUUUCAGAUUGGAACAACCAUGUUGUCUUAACAUGUGGCUGUUGUUGAAUGUUUUCCUCAUUUGAACCCUCAACAGUAUUACCUGUGUUUUGGUUGAAGGUCUUUGAUCCAUUUCCUGUGUCAGUUUCAGUGUCCAUAUCAUUGGAUGCGACAACUGGUAGGUUUGUGUCUGUUAAUGUGUCCUUUUUGUCAUUUUCAGUAGGAGGCUGAUUCUCAACAACAGCCCUUCCAUCUUGUUGAUCAUUUACUUUCCGCAAUCUUGGGUGAUGCACACUGACAAUUGUGCCUCACAAAUAUCACUACACCAUCUUGGCCAAUGAUGACUCACGGUCCUUUCCACUCUUGACAGUCAACUCGUUUGUAGUACACUUUGUUUCCAGUCUCGUGGGUCGAAGCUGUUUACGCAGAGCCCUGCGAAUUCUCUCUGAACACUCUGCUUCAGUGAACGCUUUUCUCGCUGCACGUAGUGCUGAAAGGUGCUGUCCCACCCAUACACUCACACUGGUCCUUUCUAGUGCUGGUGGCUUGUCAACCUGUACAGAGGGAAGAUUAGGGUUCCCGAACACUAGCUGGUAUGGCCUGUAUCCAUGAUCAUUGUUUAUUGAGUUUUUUGCCUUCAAAGCCCAAUCUAGGGCUUUUUUCCAGUCACUUCUAUUGUCUUGCUUCACUUUCAGCAUGAUCUCUUUGAGUGUUUGAUUAUGUCUCUCCAGAAGUCCAUUGCUUCAUGGACUGUAUGCAGCAGUUGGCUUUACUUCCAUGUUGAAUUUUUCAGCCAUUUCUCUUAUUUAAUUAUUAUUGAUUUCUCCUCCAUUGUCACUGUACAAUUUCUGGGGCGGGCCAUGCACACUUAUCCAGGAAUGAAUGAAGUGCUUGACGAUUUCACUGGGUUUCUUUGUAUUCACGAUGCGUCCAGCACUGAAGAAUGUGAAGUGGUUGAUUAUGUCAAGGUACCACACACUUGGUCCUAGCUCAUGUAGAUCUACAGCCACUGUUUCAUUGUUCUUGGAAGCCAGUGGCAAACCAACAGCUGGUCUGGGCUAAGGUUUGCUGUAUAUCUGGCAUGUCUCACAACUGUUAACUAUCUGCCGUAGAAUGGAAAUACUCUCAUCAUCAUUAUUCCCAGAACCGCUGAGUCAUUUCUGAAGUCUGUCAACUAUAGCAUGUCCAAACUGUUUGUGAAGUUUUAACAAUACUUUGUGUUUUUGCUCUUUGGUCAUGUUCUCUGAUUGUCAGAAUCUCCAUGUGCUCUGUGUCCAUUUUUACAUGGAUUCUGUGUGAUGUCUUUAUCUAAACUGUUUACACAAUAGUGGCCUGAGGUAGUAAGUUCAAGGGUCACUGGUUGUUUAAACAUCACUGCCUAGUACAGCCUCUGCCUUCUUGAGGGAAGCUUUGCUUAAUAGUAAGGGGAUAUCUGCAGGGACCACCUCUGUUUCAAUGUGACACUUAGUCCGACCAAAUUUGCUGGUAUCUUGACUCUCUUGGUAGAAUGGACGACUCUCCCAUCUCCAAAUUUGAAAGCUCUGUUGCUUGGUGUGUCAAUCAUAUUUUGUACUUCUUUUAUAUUUACUUCACUGACAUAGCUAUCAAACCAUUUUGCACCACACACUGUGCGUGUACAUGCAGUAUCAAUCACAGCAGAUCCUAAGGAUUCAACUAUAAAGAUCUAAGAAGCAGAUUCGUUUGAAAACAGUGUAAUGUUACACUGCUCCAUCUCUGUGUUUUACAUUUUCCUCUGUUAGUUUAACUUGUUCAUUUUUAUGAGGACAGUCUUUAACCCAAUGGUAAGUGCUUUAACAAAUGGCACAUUUUGAUCUCCUUCCAUACCGGUCCAGUGGAUUUGUGCCGGGCAAUGGCGCCCUCGUCUGGUUGUCUUGAGAAUGUGACUUGUUGGCGCCUUUUCUAAUCUGCUCAGUGUAAAAUGCCGCGUCACUCACUAGCAUUCCAUCUGUUAUUGGCGCGACAGACGUCUUUUUACCAAAAAUCAUUUUUAGUGCCGACUUAAUUGACGCAAAAGUCAGCACAGUACAAGCAGUCAAAGCCAACUGUUUCUCCCUACCAUCCAGACAAGCAGUAUCUAGCAACUUGAAAGCUAACACUGCAUCCGGGAGAACCAUGUCGUAAUUGCGCAUUCUAUUGUACCUCUGUUCGAAAUCAAUUAUGUAGUCCGUCAUUGCAACCGAAAUGACUCUAGUAACAGUGUCAAAGUUUGAAUAUACCUCGUAGGCACGGUCUUUCUCUUCUUUAAGGAACACAGAUUCCAGUGCUCUGAUCAAAGUUCUCAUACCGUCAUCCUUGUUCAAAUCCUCCACGGAUAUUUCCAGUGCUGUGUCUCUCGCUCUUCCCUCAAGCAAUAAUACCACCGCAAGUGCUUGCUUUUCCAAGUUCAUUUUUCCAACUUUCAUAUGACCUCUUCACGUCGAAGUGAGGUGGCACAUUGUAGUUAUUAGCCAUCCUCUGCCACCAAUGUUAACUCAAAAUGACAACGACUAGGUUCCAGUUUAACAACGUUUACUUCACAGUACACAGUUGCCAUCACACUCAGGCCAGGUCCAUCUCUAGUGAGACUACUGCGCAGGCGUACUAAUAACAGCAAUAUAGGAAUACUUCAAACAUGAACAGGAAGACCUUCGGGUCUAAAUGUUGCAAAAUAAACUGUGGGAACAUUCGUCAGUGUAUGGGUAUCUAUCUAUAUUUUAUCUGUAUAAAAAAAAAAAGUGUAACCAGUUGAGUGUGCUUGCGCAACAGUUGAAACUAAUGACUGUAACCUUCUCUGCCCUACCAGGUUGAACUUCUUGAAGCAGCUCUUGAACACAAUACUAUCGUCUGUUUAAAUACUGGCUCAGGGAAGACCUUUAUUGCAGUACUCUUAACUAAAGAGCUUUCCCACCAAAUCCGGGGAGAUGGGAAGAGGACAGUUUUCCUGGUGAAUACAGGUAACUACAUUUGGAGUCACAAAGAAAUGCACUAUUUGGUGCAUCCGAAUUCUUCACACUUCUCCCAAAGUGUGCACUUGCACUCCCCAUCAUGGAUUUCAAAGCAUUGGAUUGGUGUAAGCAUUGUCUGUAAGCAUUGUGAAAUCCAUUAGAGGGAGUGUGGAAGUGCGCACUUUCAGGAAAAGGGUAAAGAGUCAGGAUAUGCAGCCUUUUAGAAGUAUCAACUUCUAAUAAGUGUACAUCAAAUAUGGUAUGAUUGAGACCAUGAGUUUUCUCUGUUUUCCCCUCUUUUCCUGAAUGAUAAAUAAAGCAUCGUCUGUGAUUCAGCAAGCAGCUAGUGUUAGGACCCACUCUGAUCUCCAGGUUGGAGAAUACACCAGCACGGAGAAGACCUCUUCAUGGUCUGGGGAAAAGUGGAGCCAAGAAAUGAUCGAAAAUCAGGUGGGGUUCAUUGAACACAGACCUGGAAAAUACAAAUUUCUACCAAUUUUGUCAUAUAAUUUCAAUUGCCAGAAUAAAGUACCAAUGGUUACCAAUUACUUUCAUGAUAAAAACCAGUGGUAAUAGCAUUACUAAAGUUUUCCCCUCUCAAUUUCAACAACUUAGAAAAAUAACACUGAAUUCCCAGUGUCAUUUCCAUGAGGAGGGGAAAGUUAGUAUUCUGUGGAUGGAUACAAUCAAUGUCAUGACACUGUAAUCUAUUAUUCAAGGCAAUAUGCCAUCCCUCCAACCUCCCCUCCACUCAUUCUCUCCAUCAUUUCUGUUCUUCUAGGUGCUCGUUAUGACUUGCCAUGUCUUCCUGCAUGUGCUGAAGAAUGGAGUGUUGCCACUAUCGAAACUCAACCUGGUGGUGUUUGAUGAGUGUCACCUGGCAAUCACAGACCAUCCCUACCAGGAGAUAAUGAAGGUACAAUUACAGUCUGCUCUACGUAGUUAUGCAUUCAAUUGUCGCUUGAAAGCCAAGCACAUACUCUUCCUUCCCUGUAUGGCGAGAGCCAAGGUAUUAUGGAGAUUGGAGUUAGUCAUUAUAUUAAAAUGUUGUCAGUCAGCCGUCCUUAUUGAACCCAAUUGCAGGAUGUUCAAUGUUUUAGCAUUUUCCUUGUUUUAAUAAGACUGAAGCAGUCUGCCUCCUCUAUCUGUUUCAGCUAUGUGAGGGCUUUCUGUCCCUGUAUCUGUUUCAGCUAUGUGAGGGCUUUCUGUCCCUGUAUCUGUUUGAGGGCUAUUUAUACUCUAAUCUCUGCUUCAGCUAUUUGAGGGCUGUCUCUAUCUCUGUUUCAGUUAUGUGAAGCCUGUCUCUGUCUCUGUUUCAGCUCUGUGAGGGCUGUCUCCAUCUCUGUUUCAGCUAUGUGAGGGCUGUCUACUGUAUCUCUGUUUUCAUUUAUGUGAAGGCUCUCUAUCUCUUUCAGCUAUGUGAGGGCUGUCUCUCUGUUUCAGCUAUGUGAGGGCUGUCUAUCUCUGUUUCAGUUAUGUGAGGGCUGUCUCUACUGUAUCUCUGUUUUCAUUGAUGUGAAGGCUCUCUAUCUUUGUUUCAGCUAUGUGAGGGCUCUCUGUGCAGCCCUCGCAUCCUGGGCCUCACAGCAUCCAUUCUGAAUGGUAAAUGUGACCCGUCUGAACUGGAGCAGAAGAUCCAGAACCUGGAGCGGAUCUUAAGGAGCAAUGCAGAGACCGCUACUGACCUUGUUGUCCUCGACAGGUAUUGUAAUAAUACACAUCAUGGCCCAUAUUCAUUAAGCAACUCCUAGGAGGAGUGCUGAUCUAGGAUCAGGUCCCCCCUGUCCACAAUCUUAUUCAUUAUGAUCGAAAACGGAAAACUGAACUUUGUGUGUGUGUGUGUCUCAGAUAUGCCUCCCAGCCCAGAGAAGUGGUGCUGGACUGUGGACCCUACCUGGACAAGAGCGGCCUCUCUGAGCGUCUGCUGAGCGAGCUGGAUGAGGCUCUCCACUUCCUCAACGACUGCAACAUAUCUGUGCCUCGAGAGGAUAGAGACCCCACCUUCAUAACCAAACAGGUCUGACCCCAUCUACAUAUCCAAGCUUGUAUCCCAAAUGGCACCGUAUUCUCUAUAUAGUGCACUACUUUUGACCAGAGCCCUACAGCCUAGCCUAUACAGCUGAGAUUGUAAUUGUCUGCUUUGUCUUUAAUGUCACUUGUCUGCUUUGCUGCACUGUUUAAUGCUCCUUCUUGGUCAAGUCUUCAUUGUUAAAGAGAAUGUGUUCUCAAUUACUUACCUGUUUAAAUAAAGGCUAAAUAAAUAAGUAAAUGUCUCCCUGCUCUUCCCCAGGUGUUGAAUGACUGCCGGGCGGUGCUGCUGGUGCUGGGGCCGUGGUGUGCCGACAAGGUGGCUGGCAUCAUGGUGCGGGAGCUACAGAAGUACAUCAAACACGAACAGGAAGAGGUCAACAGGAAGUUCCUGCUCUUCACUGACACCAUCCUGAGGAAGGUAUGUACAGUAUGCUGUCUAUAUAUUCCUUUGUGUUUGAUGUAAGGUAUGUGUAUACUAACUAUCCCCUGUGUGUAUGUUGUAAUUCGUGUUUAGUUGAGUUCCGUAAAGCACUUUGUGACAACUGUAGCUGUAAUAAGGACUAUAUAAAUCAGUUGUAUUUUGUGUUCCUGUGCAAUCUACUGUGUGUGUGUGUGUGUGUGUGUGUGUGUGUGUGUACAGAGGCAGGUGAAUUUCCCCUCUGGGUAUAGGCUAAUUAAGUUAUUUAUUUCUGGUAUCCUAGGUCCACGCUCUGUGCGAGGAGCACUUCUCCCCGGCUUCUCUGGACCUGAAGUUUGUGUCCCCCAAAGUCAUCCGUCUCUUAGAGAUCCUCCAUGAGUACAAGCCCUUCGAGAGGCAGCAGUUUGAGAGCGUGGAGUGGUAUAACAAUCGCAACGAGGACAACUACGUAUCGUGGAGCGACUCAGAGGACGAAGACGAGGAUGAGGAGGUGGAGGUGAAGGAGAAGCCCGAGGCUAACUUCCCCUCGCCAUUCACCAACAUCCUGUGUGGGAUAAUCUUCGUGGAGAGGCGCUACACGGCCGUCAUCCUCAACCGGUACAAUUCUGGGAUUCAAUGCCAUUUUCGUUAAAAUGUGUGAUGCCUCUGCUACCUUGUCUCCUUAGAUUCCUUAUUGUACACUGCUCAAAAGGACUUGUCACCAUAUAGGAAGAAAAUAAUAAUAAUGUCUUAUUUUGGGAGGAUUUAGGUUGUCUUAAUACCAUUUCCAUGAUUACUGUCCCUCUUUGUGUCAGGCUGAUAAAGGAGGCCGGGAAGCAGGACCCAGAGCUGGCCUACAUCAGCAGUAAUUUCAUCACAGGCCACAGCAUCGGCAAGAACCAGCCACGCAACAAACAAAUGGAGGUAGAGUUCAGGAAGCAGGAAGAGGUAAGAACACACUGACGCCAUUUUGUAUUUUCUGACUUCAUCCUCUCUAGAUACAUCGAAAUUGACCUACCCCGACAUUUGUAUCUCUGUCCAUCUGUCCAUCCCUUCAUCCAUCCAUCCCUUCAUCCAUCCAUCCAUCCAUUCAUCCACCUAUACUUCCAUCCAUCCACACCUAACUACCUUGCGUCAUCAUCCCUCAGGUUCUGCGUAAAUUCCGAGCCCACGAGACCAACCUGCUCAUAGCGACCAGCAUCGUGGAGGAAGGAGUGGAUAUUCCCAAGUGUAACCUGGUGGUGCGGUUCGACCUGCCCACUGAGUACAGGUAUAGCACUGCUUAUCCAUCCACUGCCUUGUUGCUUCCUGCCCAAUGGACUAUUGGCUUCUCUUUUUAGCUUUUUAUAUUUGUGUAUUGUUGUUGAUAUUAUUUCCCUCCCCUUUCUACAUUGUUUUGUUCCUGUUUUUUUUAAUCAUGUAAAGUGUGUUGUGCACUUUAAAUAAAUGUUGUCUAUGACUCGACUACAGGUCCUACGUUCAGUCUAAAGGCCGAGCCAGAGCUCCUGUAUCCAACUACAUCAUGCUGGCUGACAGUGAGAGGACCAAGACCUUUGAGGACGACCUGAAGACCUACAAGGCCAUAGAGAAGGUGUGGUUUUCAGAGCCUGUCCUCAAGGCCCCAUUGUGUGUGUCUGUCUGAGGAACACGGUGAUUCUCUGAGAUUGUUGUCUAAGUAUGCAUCUAUAUAGGGAAUAGGGUGCCAUUUGGGACUUAGCCUAAGUAUCUUCCUGUGUUUGCUGAUUAUGGUUUCACCAUACUCCACUCAAUUAUGUUCAAUUGAUUGGUGUGUCUGUUUGAAGAACACUGGUUUUCAGAGCCUGGCCACAAGGGCCAUCCUUGGAUGAUAUGUGAGGUCAUUGGUGAAUGCUACUUAAUUGCCAAAUCCUGACUGGACGAUUUACAUGUGGAACUUUUCACGUAAAUCAAGUUUUGAUGUCAAGGGGAGUUUGACGUGUACGUUUUGAGAAAAGGAAAAUGGGAACACUGAUGAAUUUUUUUUCUCUGUUUCUCUACUAGUAUUGUGACAACCCUAAUACUGACAAAUGUAGAUCUUCUCUUGAUGUCUCCAGAUUCUGAGGAAUAAGUGUUCCAAGGCAGCGGGGGUCGGUGAGUUUGAGGUGGAACAGGUGCUGGAUGAUGACAACAUCCUGCCUCCAUACGUGCUCCGCUCUGAGGACGGAGGGCCCCGCGUCACCAUCAACACGGCCAUCGGACACAUCAACAGGUAAGAGGAAAUGGGGUUUUAAAAGGGUGCUCGAUGGAAACAAGACUAAAUACACUGAGAACAAAAUAAGUUGGAGUCUCAAAAUACUGUAAAUAUCUGGCAGUGUUGCUAAAUUGGAUUUGAAGAUUACAUUUUUGUUGGUUCUUGUUCUCUUGGUGGUCUGCUGUGCUAAUGUCCCUCUCCCCCAUGGCUGCCACAGAUACUGUGCCCGUCUGCCCAGUGACCCGUUUACCCACCUGGCACCCAAGUGUAAGACCAAGGAGCUGAAGGAUGGGCGCUACCAGUCAACCCUCUACCUGCCCAUCAACUCCCCUCUACGGGUGCCCGUUGCUGUGAGUCUGCAGGCUUUCGUCAUUGAUUGGAUUUAUAGGUCUGCAUCCCAAAUGGCACCCUAUUCCCUAUAUAUUCCAGCUCUGGUCAAAUGUAGUGCACUAUAUAGGGGAAAAGGUGCCUUUUGGGACACAUAAUUAUACAGUGCUUCCAGAUGCUCAAAGGGCUGUAGUAGGCUACAUACUGUAGUAAGCAGGACAUUCACCUCAUCCACCACCAUUGUGUAAAACACACUGUUUCAAUCCGAGACGUCAAGAUUCACCUAACGGUGUGUAUAAUGGAUGUCUUUGAGACCAAUGUACACUUUGUUUUGUCACUGCAGGGGCCGACAAUGAACUGUGCAAGGCUGGCAGAGAAAGCAGUAGCACUACUUUGUUGUGAAAAGCUUCACAAAAAAGGUAAAUAAAAUGAGCUAUUUGAUUGGUAGAAUGUUCUUCAUGUAGUGCUCACUGCUAGCCUGGGUACCAGUCUGUUUAGCAAACAUUCUACUACUUGUGUCAUUAUGCCAAAGAUUAUGCCAUGUUUAGCAUGACCGGAGUCCCAGAUUGUAUCUCUCCCUCCCCAUCUUUCUUGGUGGGAGAAGAGGGGGACCUGGUAUUAACUGCUGUGACAUAUUUAACUUCAUUUUGCCAUGCAUGUACAGUAGCUAAAUGGUGCCAAUAAAUGUCUCUCUCUCCCGCCCUCCCCCAGGUGAGUUAGAUGACCACUUGAUGCCUGUGGGGAAGGAGACAGUCAAGUAUGAGGAGGAGCUGGAUCUCCAUGACGAGGAGGAGACCAGUGUUCCAGGCAGGCCAGGAUCCACCAAGAGGAGGCAGUGCUACCCUAAAGCUGUGAGUAGUCAUCACUCCUGAUGCAUCCCAAAUUGCACCCUAUUCUCUAUACACUGAGUAUACCAAACAUUAGGGACACCUUCCUAAUAUUGAGUUGUACCCCCUUUUUCCCUCAGAACAGCCUCAAUUCGUCGGGGCAAGGACUCUACAAGGUGUCAAAAGCGUUCCACAGGGAUGCUGGCCCAUGUUGACUCCAAUGCUUCCCACAGAUGUGUCAAGUUGGCUGGAUGUCCUUUGGGUGGUGGACCAUUCUUGAUACACAUGGGAAAAUGUUGAGCGUGAAAAACCCAGUAGCGCCUGGCACCCACUACCAUACAUCGUUCAAAGGCACUUAAAUCUUUUGUCUUGCCCAUUCAUGACACACAUACAUAAUACAUGUCUCCGUUGUCUCAAGGCUUAAAAAUCCUUCUUUAACCUGUCUCCUCCCCUUCAUCUACACUGAUUGAAGUGGAUUUAACAGGUGACAUCAAUAAGGGAUCAUAGCAUUCACCUGGUCAGUCUAUGUCAUGGAAAGAUCAAGUGUCCUUAAUGUUUUGUAUACUCAGUGUAUACUGUAGUGCACUACUUUUGACUGGGGCUGUUUUCCAUUGCUGAUAUGGUGCCCCUCAUCUAAAUGGUGUGAAGCUGCUUCCCUCCUUGGUUACUGUCUGAUUCUCUAUUCUCCCAGAAGUGUUCACUCAUUCACUCCCUCCCCCAUGGAUGUAAACGUAAUUCACUAGUGUAAGAAUUAUGGUGGAAACUCGUUUUCACCAAUCCAAUGCUGUUUUCCCCCCAGAUACCAGAGUGUCUUCGGGACAGUUACCCUGUACCAGAGCAGUCUUACUACCUGUAUGUGGUCGGCAUGGUCCUCACCACCCCUCUGCCUGAUGAGCUCAACUUCCGGCGCAGGAAGCUCUACCCUCCAGAGGACACUACCAGGUGCUUCGGCAUCCUGACCGCCAAACCUAUACCUCGGGUAAGGAACACACCUAUCUCAGUUUCCCAUUGAUUUGUUUCCUGGCAGGUCCUCAAAGCAAUAUUUAGGGAUGCAAACAUUAACAAUUUCUAUUGAAACUGAUCGAGAACAUAUUUUUCUAGGAAGCAACAGCUAGACAGCAGGGGCCACUUGCUUUUCCAAAGUUAGUAUGCCCUUUAUUAAGUGUACAGUGAAACUCACCUAACCCCCUCAUCCCUCUCCACAGAUCCCCCAUUUUCCUGUGUACACACGGUCUGGUGAGGUGACCAUCUCCAUCGAGCUCCAGAAGGCAGGGUUCACCCUGAGUGCUGUCCAGCUGGACCUGAUCACCAGAUUACACCAGUACAUCUUCUCUCACAUCCUCCGCCUGGAGAAACCUGCUCUGGAGUUCAAACCCACGCAGGCCGACUCAGCCUACUGCGUUCUACCUCUCAAUGUUGGUGAGUUAGUCUGCUGUAUACUACCGCUCAAUGUUGGUGACUUAUACUGUUAGAUACACACAUGUUGCCUCUCAAUGUUGGUGUGAGAGCCCAACGUUGCGCACAUACUGUAGGCCUUACUCCAUUAGUAAGCCUAUGGGUGUGUACCAAAUGGCACUCUAUUCCCUUUGUAGUGCACUACUUUUGAGCAGGGCCCAUAGGGAUGUGCACUGUGUCAAAUAGGGUUGGGCGGUAUACACUACCAGUCAAAAGUUUGGACACACCUACUCAUUCAAGGGUUUUUCUUUAUUUUUACUAUUUUUUACAUUGUAGAAUAAUAGUGAAGACAUCACAACUAUGAAAUAACACAUAUGGAAUCAUGUAGUAACCAAAAAAGUGUUAAACAAAUCAAAAUAUAUUUUAUAUGAGAUUCUUCAAAUAGCCACCCUUUGCCUUGAUGACAGCUUUGCACACUCUUGCCAUUCUCUCAACCAGCUUCAUGAGGUAGUCACCUGGAAUGCAUUUCAAUUAACAGGUGUGCCUUCUUAAAAGUUAAUUUGUGGAAUUUCUUCCCUUCUUAAUGUGUUUGAGCCAAUCAGUUGUGUUGUGACAAGGUAGGGGUAUACAGACGAUAGCCCUAUUUGUCCAUAUUAUUGUGACGAGUACUAAGUAUACGAAGAGGCAGGACAUUGAUGGAAGUUACAAUCUAUCUGCAAUAUUAAAGCUGAUGUACCCCCUAAAAAAUAAUAAGAAUAAAUAAAAAAAUAAAAACACUGUGACGAGUACUGAGGAUACGAAGAGGCAAGACGCAGACGCAGGAAUAAACAAGGUCAAGGUUUACUCAAACAAUGACAAAGAGAAAUAAAAAAAGAUAGAGUACACGACACGAAGCUAAACAAUCACACACAACAUCAUAAGGAACAGUCCAGGGCUAAAUAGGAGUGGUGAUGAGAUGAUGAGGUGCAGGUGCACUGGAGGUGAUUAGGGUGCGUUGGGUUUCCAUUCCGGUGUUGCCGAGGUGGUGCGCUCAGACCGGUGGCUCAGUAUACCGGCGAAUCAGAGUGCCGGAGGGGAGCAACGGGAGGAGACGUGACGUGGCCCACCCUUAAGGAGAGAGGUGAGCGGGGCAGCUAUGAAGCUGAAGGACCUGAUGAAGCGGCAGUAGAAAUUAGCGAAGCCCAGGAAGCUCUAUAGGCCCUUGAUGGUGGUGGGAACUGUCCAUGACCUGACGGCGAACACCCCCUGAGGACAUCCGGUAUCCCAGGAAGGAGAUGGCCUGUUGGUGGAAUUCUCAUUUCUCCCCCUUCACCAACAGGCUGUGUUCCCGGAAGCGGAGUAGGACAGCUCGGACGUCCCUGACGUGCUCCUCGAACUUAGCCGAGUAGAUCAGGAUAUCGUGGAUGUACACCACCACCUGUCUACUCAGCAUGUCCUGGAACACGUACAGUGGGGAAAAAAAGUAUUUAGUCAGCCACCAAUUGUGCAAGUUCUCCCACUUAAAAAGAUGAGAGAGGCCUGUAAUUUUCAUCAUAGGUACACGUCAACUAUGACAGACAAAAUGAGGAAAUAAAAUCCAGAAAAUCACAUUGUAGGAUUUUUAAUGAAGUUAUUUGCAAAUUAUGGUGGAAAAUAAGUAUUUGGUCAAUAACAAAAGUUUCUCAAUACUUUGUUAUAUACCCUUUGUUGGCAAUGAGGCACAGGUCAAACGUUUUCUGAUAAGUCUUCACACACUUUUGCUGGUAUUUUGGCCCAUUCCUCCAUGCAGAUCUCCUCUAGAGCAGUGAUGUUUUGGGGCUGUCGCUGGGCAACACGGACUUUCAACUCCCUCCAAAGAUUUUCUAUGGGGUUGAGAUCUGGAGACUGGCUAGGCCACUCCAGGACCUUGAAAUGCUUCUUACGAAGCCACUCCUUCGUUGCCCGGGUGGUGUGUUUGGGAUCAUUGUCAUGCUGAAAGACCCAGCCACGUUUCAUCUUCAAUGCCCUUGCUGAUGGAAGGAGGUUUUCACUCAAAAUCUCACGAUACAUGGCCCCAUUCAUUCUUUCCUUUACACGGAUCAGUCGUCCUGGUCCCUUUGCAGAAAAACAGCCCCAAAGCAUGAUGUUUCCACCCCCAUGCUUCACAGUAGGUAUGGUGUUCUUUGGAUGCAACUCAGCAUUCUUUGUCCUCCAAACACGACGAGUUUAGUUUUUUACCAAAAAGUUAUAUUUUGGUUUCAUCUGACCAUAUGACAUUCUCCCAAUCCUCUUCUGGAUCAUCCAAAUGCACUCUAGCAAACUUCAGACGGGCCUGGACAUGUACUGGCUUAAGCAGGGGGACACGUCUGGCACUGCAGGAUUUGAGUCCCUGGCGGCGUAGUGUGUUACUGAUGGUAGGCUUUGUUACUUUGGUCCCAGCUCUCUGCAGGUCAUUCACUAGGUCCCCCCGUGUGGUUCUGGGAUUUUUGCUCACCGUUCUUGCGUGGAGCCCCAGAUCGAGGGAGAUUAUCAGUGGUCUUGUAUGUCUUCCAUUUCCUAAUAAUUGCUCCCACAGUUGAUUUCUUCAAACCAAGCUGCUUACCUAUUGCAGAUUCAGUCUUCCCAGCCUGGUGCAGGUCUACAAUUUUGUUUCUGGUGUCCUUUGACAGCUCUUUGGUCUUGGCCAUAGUGGAAUUUGGAGUGUGACUGUUUGAGGUUGUGGACAGGUGUCUUUUAUACUGAUAACAAGUUCAAACAGGUGCCAUUAAUACAGGUAACGAGUGGAGGACAGAGGAGCCUCUUAAAGAAGAAGUUACAGGUCUGUGAGAGCCAGAAAUCUUGCUUGUUUGUAGGUGACCAAAUACUUAUUUUCCACCAUAAUUUGCAAAUAAAUUCAUAAAAAAUCCUAAAUGUGAUUUUCUGGAUUUUUUUCCUCAAUUUGUCUGUCAUAGUUGACGUGUACCUAUGAUGAAAAUUACAGGCCUCUCUCAUCUUUUUAAGUGGGAGAACUUGCACAAUUGGUGGCUGACUAAAUACUUUUUUCCCCCCACUGUAAUUGACGAAGAACUGGAACAUAGAAGGGGUGUUGGCGAGGCCGUAGGGCAUGACUCAGUAUUCAUAGUGGCCUGAGGUAGUGCUGAGUGCCGUCUUCCACUCGUCUCCUUCCCGGAUUCGGAUCAGGUUGUAGGCACUCCUCAGGUCCAACUUGGUAAAAUACCAGGCCCCUCAUAGCUGCUAACAUUAGCAAGUUAGCAAAACCCAGCUGGAGAGAAUUUAUUUGGCACAUCACUUAGAUAGUUAACUUAAUAAUUAUAAGAUGUAUAGCUGUCAAACAUUAGGAGUGAAUUUCAUAGAAGUGCAACUUGAUCACCUCACUUAAGUUGCGCUGCAGGAGUGAUUCACCUCACAAAGCUCCCAUUUUGCUCGUUGUUCUUUUGAACAAACGAAUGUGACAGGCUCAAACAGCUGUUUUGGGAAACUAUUACUGGUAAGCUUCAAAAUGAAAAAUAAUCUUAACAGGCGAAAUGAUUAACACGAUCUGCUUUAUCUAUUACCUAGUGCACAAGUUGACUGCAGGUAUAUAUUUAAAUAGUACAAAUAUUCCAAUUCAUAAAAAAGCGGUAUUGGAAAAUCAUACCGAGGGUAUUUCGAAAUACCCCAGGAUAUGGUAUAUACUGUAUACCACCCAACCCUAGUGUCAAAUCAGUGAGUUUCCAAUGUCUGAAAGUAUUCAUUCACCAUGUAAGCUCCCAUUGUAUACGUUUUUUCUUCUUCCAGUUGAGGAUUCCAACACUCUAGAUUUGGACUUUAAAUUCAUGGAGGACAUAGAGAAGUCUGAGGCUCGUAUUGGCAUUCCUACCACCCAGUACACCAAGCAGAACCCCUUCACCUUCAAACUGGAAGACUACCAAGACGCUGUCAUCAUUCCACGGUAUGCUGCUUGCUUGCUGACUGAGGAACAAAUUGAGUUUUAGAUGAAGUUCUAAAUAGCUCCCUAUACAGUGAGGGAAAAAAGUAUUUGAUCCCCUGCUGAUUUUGUACGUUUGCCCACUGACAAAGAAAUGAUCAGUCUAUCAUUUUAAUGUUAGGUUUAUUUGAACAGUGAGAGACAGAAUAACAACAAAAAAAUCCAGAAAAACGCAUGUCAAAAAUGUUAUAAAUUGAUUUGCAUUUUAAUGAGGGAAGUAAGUAUUUGACCCCCUCUCAAUCAGAAAGAUUUCUGGCUCCCAGGUGUCUUUUAUACAGGUAACGAGCUGAGAUUAAGAGCACACUCUUAAAGGGAGUGCUCCUAAUCUCAACUUGUUACCUGUAUAAAAGACACCUGUCCACAGAAGCAAUCAAUCAAUCAGAUUCCAAACUCUCCACCAUGGCCAAGACCAAAGAGCUCUCCAAGGAUGUCAGGGACAAGAUUGUAGACCUACACAAGGCUGGAAUGGGCUACAAGACCAUUGCCAAGCAGCUUGGUGAGAAGGUGACAACAGUUGGUACGAUUAUUCGCAAAUGGAAGAAACACAAAAUAACUGUCAAUCUCCCUCGGCCUGGGGCUCCAUGCAAGAUCUCACCUCGUAGAGUUGCAAUGAUCAUGAGAACGGUGAGGAAUCAUCCCAGAACUACGCGGGAGGAUCUUGUCAAUGAUCUCAAGGCAGCUGGGACCAUAGUCACCAAGAAAACAAUUGGUAACACACUACGCCAUGAAGGAUUGAAAUCCUGCAGCGCCCGCAAGGUCCCCCUGCUCAAGAAAGCACAUAUACAUGCCCGUCAUAAGUUUGCCAAUGAACAUCUGAAUGAUUCAGAGGAGAACUGGGUGAAAAUGUUGUGGUCAGAUGAGACCAAAAUGGAGCUCUUUGGCAUCAACUCAACUCGCCGUAUUUGGAGGAGGAGGAAUGCUGUCUAUGACCCCAAGAACACCAUCCCCACCGUCAAACAUGGAGGUGGAAACAUUAUGCUUUGGGGGUGUUUUUCUGCUAAGGGGACAGGACAACUUCACCGCAUCAAAGGGCCAUGUACCGUCAAAUGUUGGGUGAGAACCUCCUUCCCUCAGCCAGGGCAUUGAAAAUGGGUAGUGGAUGGGUAUUCCAGCAUGACAAUGACCCAAAACACACGGCCAAGGCAACAAAGGAGUGGCUCAAGAAGAAGCACAUUAAGGUCCUGGAGUGGCCUAGCCAGUCUCCAGACCUUAAUCCCAUAGAAAAUCUGUGGAGGGAGCUGAAGGUUCGAGUUGCCAAACGUCAGCCUCGAAACCUUAAUGACUUGGAGAAGAUCUGCAAAGAGGAGUGGGACAAAAUCCCUCCUGAGAUGUGUGCAAACCUGAUGGCCAACUACAAGAAACGUGUGACCUCUGUGAUUGCCAACAAGGGUUUUGCCACCAAGUACUAAGUCAUGUUUUGCAGAGGGGUCAAAUACUUAUUUCCCUCAUUAAAAUGCUAAUCAAUUUAUAACAUUUUUGACAUGCGUUUUUCUGGAUUUUGUUGUUGUUAUUCUGUCUCUCACUGUUCAAAUUAACCUACCAUUAAAAUUAUAGACUGAUCAUUUCUUUGUCAGUGGGCAAACGCACAAAAUCAGCAGGGGAUCAAAUACUUUUUUCCCUCACUGUAUAUAGUGCACUUCUUUUGACCAGGGUCCAUAGGGAAGAGACUUCCAUUUGGGAUGCUUUUGAUUUAAACAGCAUACAAUUAAUUUGGUAUGAGCCAUAAGAUUAUAAACUGAACAAAAAUAUAAAUGCAACAUGUAAGGUGUUGGUCCCAUGUUUCAUGAGCUGAAAUAAAAGAUCCCAGAAAUGUUCCAUACGCACAAAAAGCUUUUCUCGUCCAACCGGAUAUUAGGAAGGUGUCCUUAAUGUUUUGUUCACUCAGUGUAUAUCUUCACUGUUCCAUUUAUGCCAACCCUUGACCUCUAAUCCCUGUCUUUCUCUCUCAGGUAUCGUAACUUUGACCAGCCUCACCGUUUCUACGUGGCUGACGUUUACACAGACCUCACGCCGCUCAGCAAGUUCCCGUCGCCGGAGUAUGAGACUUUUGCUGAGUACUACAAAACCAAGUACAACCUGGACCUGUCCAAUGUAAACCAGCCACUAUUGGAUGUCGACCACACCUCCUCACGGUGAGAGAGAGGAGAGGUGGAAGGAGAUGGGGAGGAAGGAGGGAGAGAGAGGAAAAUUCAUCUUAUUCAACUCUCCAUCAUCAUAAGGAUGCCCUCUGUCUCUCAGACCUCCAUGGGUGGUGGGGGGAGCAUGAUCACCAUCAAAAUGUAUAAAGAUAUGGGGAGAACCCUUUAUCUGUACCUUACACCCAUGAAGGUUACUGUAUCUGAACUACUGUGUAACUCAUCCAGUUUCUGACCUCUCCCUGCAGACUGAACCUGUUAACCCCUCGCCACCUGAACCAGAAGGGGAAGGCACUGCCCCUCAGCAGUGCAGAGAAGAGGAAGGCCAAGUGGGAGAGUCUACAGAACAAACAGGUAAUCUAGUCUAAACACAUAGCCAUAGAUCCACCUUCCACCAUAUUUAGAGAUGAACCAAUGGCUGAAGACUAACUCUGAAGAUGGUCUAAAAUAGGAUUCCCCAACUGGCGGCCCGUGGGCUGAAUUUGGCUCGCGUGUGAUUUUAUAUGGGCCCCCAUGUUUUCUGAGCAAAUAACGUUUUUUGUUUUUUUUGGGACGUAAAAGACUGUAAAACACCAGCAAAUCAGCUGCAAGUGAUAAACAUUUUGGAAAUCUGUUCCAAAGCAUUCCCACGCAUAAUAUAUUCAAAUUAUUAUGUUUUUUUGUCAAAUAAUAUAUCUGUUUGGGCUUCUCGUGGUCCAUUUGCAGUCUACCAUUUAUUUGUAAUUAUGUUCUGGCCCCCUGACCAUCCGCUCAAUAAAUAAUUGGCCCGCGGCUAAAUCUAGUUGAUGAUCCCUGGUCUAUAAUCUAGAUUAGAGCAUGUUGGAGAACCAUCUUCUCCUACUUCUGGAAGGAUGUUUCCUCCCCUCCACAACUUGGUCUCAGAGCUGUGUGCCAUCUACCCCAUCCCAGCAUCGACUGUAUUUCUGGCCCUAGCCUACAAACAUUUGGAAGGAUGUCACAUUUUCUUUCUCUUUUUCCUCCCCUCACUGCCCCUCCAGAUCCUGGUCCCAGAGCUGUGUGCCAUUCACCCCAUCCCAGCCUCUCUGUGGCGGAAGGCUGUGUGUCUCCCCAGCAUACUGUACCGCCUCCACUGCCUCCUCACAGCUGAGGAGCUGAGGGCCCAGACAGCCAGCGACGCUGGAGUAGGAGCCCAGACCCUGCCCCCUGACUUCAGGUACAUCUGAUACAUUUUGUUUUGAUGAACUUGAUGACAUUUUGAAGAACUAUCCCUUUUAAUAAUUCAUUUCAUGACUGGUUGUUUGAUAACACUCCACUCUCCAACACUACUGCCCCUAAAUCUCACUCUGUCUUUAUAGGUAUCCAAACUUGGACUUUGGAUGGAAGAAGUCCAUCGACAGCAAGUCUUUCAUCUGUCCGUGUGAUGAGGAAGAGGAUGAGGAGGAGGAGGAAGAGGACAGUGGUGAUGAGAACUGUAAACAACAAGGCCAGACUGUAGCCCCUGACCCUGCUGUUGCUCAACAACCCUGUAGUGACUGUCAUGUCUCCUCCCGGCCUGAGAGGGGCGACGUCAGCAAACACCCAGAAGAUGACAGGCCAGAGGAGGAGGAGCCCCAGCAGCCAGACUCUGCCUCCUGCACCAAUACCCUCACUAACGGCACUGCUGCCGUCGCCAAAGACAACGGUGACUACGGCGACCAUGCUAACCUUCACGACGGACGGGAUAACUGCCAGUUCCUCCCGGGUGGCCCUGGUUCGCCACUGGAGAGCGAAGAAGAAGUAUCAACAACAAUGACAACACAAACCACUACCUCAGUUCUUCCUGUGCAGCCCUCUCCAAGCACAGAGAACCAGAAUCUAACCCCAACACCACCCAAGACCCAGUCUCAGCUUCAGCCCCGGACCCAGCCUCGACCCCACCAGGCUAGCGAUGAAUGUAAACCAGGGGGGACCACAGAGCUCCGUGAGGGCGAUGGACACCACAUGAAUCAAGCUACCUCAGACUCCUGCAGCCCAGCAACAGUGAUGUGGCCCAAGGGCACUGCUCCCAUCACAACCACAGCACCUUUACCUGACUACUCAAAGACCCAGGAGACCAGCUCCACAGGGGGGGACACCCCUGGCCCCUGCCCCAAGACCCUGGGGCCCAACCCGGGGCUUAUCCUUCAGGUAGGGAUGGGUUCAACACAAGUUUUUCAGAGUCAGUUGAUUGUUUUCUUUGGUCGAUUAAUUGAUUAAUUGACCUAAUUGAAGUUUUGAUUGUUUUAACUAAUAAAUAUGAGUGCGCGUGCUUACUGCAUACUAGACGCAUGCUUACAUGUCUAUUGUGGGGGAGAAAGGCCACACAUAUUCUGAAUCAAAACAGAAUCUUGUUUAUUUAAACUCAAAUCUGUGUCCAGCAAUUCAGAAUAUCAGUUAAAUGUGUUGUUUUCGAUGUUCGAUUCCCACAUUUUUUUAUCAAUUCGGAUGCUCUGAAUAGACUAACCAAUUAAUGUAACUGAUCCCUACCUUCAGGCCCUGAACAAAAAUAUGUAUUACUUCAAAAAUGAAAAAGGCCAGCACUCACUUGGAUAUAAGUUUCAAUUCAAUCUUGUUUUUUACAUUUCUGCAGGCCCUGACCCUAUCCAACGCUAGCGAUGGCUUCAACCUGGAGCGUCUGGAGAUGCUGGGAGACUCGUUCUUGAAGCACGCCAUCACCACCUACCUGUUCUGUACUUACCCUGACGCACACGAGGGACGACUCUCCUACAUGAGGAGCAAGAAGGUGAGUCUGGCGGGGGGGAGGAUGGCGGAUGCGUCCCAAAUGACACCCUAUUCCCUUUACAGUGCCCUACUUUUGACCAGGGCCCACAUAGGGUAGUGCACUAUAUAGGGAAUAGGGUGCCAUUUGGGACAUAUACACAGAGUUUAGGUUGAAUGUCUGAAUUUAAUGUUUGUCAAUGGAAUGCUCUGUGUUUGCCUAUUUGUUAUUGAUAGAUAGGCCCAUAAUUUGCUCAUGUUUCAUGUAUUUUUAGAAAGUAUGGAUAUGAUCCAUGUGUGAAAUGGUGUGAAUAUAAUUAUUUUCUGUCUAACAGGUGAGCAACUGUAACUUGUAUCGUCUGGGGAAGAAGAAAGGUCUUCCUAGCAGGAUGGUAGUGUCCAUCUUUGAUCCGCCGGUCAACUGGCUGCCCCCUGGCUACGUGGUCAACCAGGACGAGAGCAGCGAAGACAAAUGGGACGAGGAUGAGGUACGUGAUGCUCUGUAAUUCAUGACUAGACCACCAGAGGGCAGGCUUUCACCUUACUGGUAUAAUUCAACUGGUAGCGUCUUCUCCAUAUGAUACAUUUACAUUUUCGUCAUUUAGCAGACGCUCUUAUCCAGAGCGACUUAAAGUUAGUGAGUGCAUACAUUUUUCAUACUGGCCCCCCGUGGGAAUCGAACCCACAACCCUGGCGUUGCAAACGCCAUGCUCUACCAACUGAGCUACACGGGGAUACUGAAGGAGAUUGUCAAUAAGUGCAUGUGGGUAUGCUUUAUAAACAGUACAUGAAAUAUCUCUUGUUAUGGUAGCUUUCUCUCUCUUAGUGAACAUGUAGACAUUCUUAUACAUUAUCCAAAUAAAUGCCAAAUAUAAAAUAAAAAAAUGCAUGAAAUACCUUAAAUGUAGCACGAGUUAGUAUGAGAACAGCAGGGUAGUAAACAGUACAGGGUGAUAUGGGGUUGUUAGGGAAACGUGGGUAUAGCUGGAGACUCUGCCUGGCCUGUUAGGGAGGUGUGUAUCUGAGGUAGAUGUGUUGAAUGGUGUUGAAUUUUGUUAAGCUGGCAAGUGUGUUUGUCAAGUGUGUGUGUUUGUCGUGUGUGUGUGUGCGUGUGUGCAAGAGAGAAAGUGGAGAGUGUGUGUGUAACACAGUGUGUGGUGAACCAUGUGUGCAUAAUGCACUCGGGGCGAUGUAAUUUUCAGCGUCAGGGCCUGGCUGGAUUCUGACAAUAUUAGAUGUCAGGGCCAUUAGCAUUUAAUGAAUAUGCAUCAGAGAAUUUCCCACAUGGUCAACUUUUAACGAUUAUAAAUGUAAUAUUCAGGAUGCCGCUUGUCAGAUAUUGAAUUGCAUUAGGCCUACGAGUCAUUGAGUUGGAUAGGCCUGGCUCCCCUCUCACAUCCAAAGCCCUCUUAGUUGACCUAAUGCUGCAGUGAGAGUGAAACUCUGAGACUAUAAUCUGUGUAAAUCCCACUGUGGGUCUUGACCACGGCUCCAGGAGUCAACUACAGGCCUGGAGGCACUGCUGGAUUAAAGAGACGUUGGGUAAUGAGACAUUAAUACAAUCCACAUAGUAAUCCAUCCACUUUUUCUGUCUCCCAUUCUCUCUCUCCUUCUACCCUCUUCCUUUUGUUGUUUCUCUGUCGCCAUCCUCGCACUUACUCCCUUGUCUUUCCCUCCUCUCUCCCUCCUUCCUUCCUCACUCCCUCUUUCAGGCCAAAGAGGACCCCCUAGACAACGGUAGUGCUGGAGAGGAGUUCUGUGAGGAUGAGGAGGAGCUAGAGGAGGAGGUGCUGGAGGAGGAUGAAGAUCUGAUGUGGAAGGAGCCUAAAGAAGAAGUCAACAUCGAGGAUGACCUGGAGUACUACCAGGUAGGGAGGAGUUCAGCACAAGGGGUCUGUCCCAAAUGGCACCCUAUUCCCUAUAGUAGUGCACUACUUUUGACCUGGGCCUAUAGGGCUCUGGUCAAAAGAAGUGCACUACUAUAGGGAAUAGGGUGCCAUUUGGGGCGUACCCAAGUUUUCCAGGAUUGAUUAGGCUAGUUGAUGGUUGUCAGGGGUGAUUAAUCGAAGUUAGUUUUUUUAAACUAAUAAAUCUAAGUUCUCUCGGCCAAAUAUAAUAAGAGGUAUGCAUGCAUACUAGACACAUGCCUACUUAUCUAUUACAGGGGGAAAAAGCUGAAUCAAAACACAAUCUAGUUUAUUUAAACUAAUUUGUCUGUCCAGCUAUGGAAAACAUCACGUUUUUUAGUUUUUUUAUCGAUACGGAUGCCCUCCAUCAACGAAUUGAUUCAUUACUCUAACUCAUCCCUACUACUAGGAGCACAUCAAGUUCAUCGACAACAUGCUCAUGGGCACCGGUGCCUUCGGCAAAAAGAUCUCCCUCAGGACCUUCCCCCCUGCCCUCACCACCGCGGCCCCUGGCCCCAGCCCCUCCGCCCGCUCCUCCUCCCCUGCAGCCGAGCCCAGCUACGGGGAGUGGAAACCCCCCAAGAAACCUGUCCCGGUCCCCACCCCCCACUACCCCUCGGAGCCUAGCGGUGGUGGCUCAGCAGAUGAGUUUGACUACAGGUGAGUCCCCCCCAUACUAUGUAAAGUGGAACCUGAGCACCUAGGUGGAAAAACGCUAUAUAAAUACAAUCAAUUAUUAUUAAGUAAGUAAGCCUUGUCCGAGCCAGAACGGCCCAUAGGGCAGGAGCCGAUUUCCUGUUUCUGUAGCGUGAGGCAGCUUUGAUGUACAAGUAAACCCCCUGGACAAGUGCUAUAUAAAUCCAAUAAAUGAUGAUGAAUUAUUAUUAGCUCGUGGGACGCCAUGUGUUACUUGGACCCCAGCAAGGCGGGGGAGGAGGAUGAUUUCGUGGUGGGUUUCUGGAACCCGUCUGAGGAGAACUGUGGAGUGGAGCUGGCGAAACAGUCCAUCUCCUACGACCUGCACACGGAGCAGUGCAUCGCUGACAAGAGCAUCGCUGACUGUGUGGAGGCACUGCUGGGCUGCUACCUCACCAGCUGUGGGGAGAGGGCUGCUCAGAUGUUCCUCUGCUCACUGGGACUCAAGGUAUGGCCUCACAUACACCACCUCUAUCUAUAAUUAACUUUAAUGUCCCCAAAGAGAAAAUUGUCUUAUACACACAGUACUGUGUUUUAAAAAAUUCAGAACUAAGAACAGAUCUCCUCAGACUUGACUGCCUUUGACCAGCACAAAAACAUCCUGUGGCGUACUGCAUUAGCAUCAAAUAGCCCCCGCGAUAUGCAACUUUUCAGGGAAGUUAGGAACCAAUAUACACAAGCAGUUAGGAAAGCAAAGGCUAGCUUUUUCAAACAGAAAUGUGCAUCCUGUAGCACUAACUCCAAAAAGUUUUGGGACACUGUAAAGUCCAUGGAGAAUAAGAGCACCUCCUCCCAACUGCUCACUGCACUGAGGCUAGGAAACACUAUCACCACUGAUAAAUCUACAAUAAUCGAGAAUUUCAACAAGCAUUUUGCUACGGCUGGCCAUGCUUUCCACCUGGCUACCACUACCCCAGUCACCAGCUCUUCACCCUCCGCUGCAACUUGCCCAUGCCCCCCCCCCGCUUCUCCUUCACACAAUUUCAGACAGCUGAUGUUCUGAAAGAGCUGCAAAAUCUGGACCCCUACAAAUCAUCUGGGCUAGACAAUCUGGACCCUUUCUUUCUAAAAUUAGCCGCCGAAAUUGUCGCAACCCCUAUUACUAGCCUGUUCAACCUCUCUUUUGUAACGUCUGAGAUCCCCAGAGAUUGGAAAGCUGCCGCGGUUAUCCCCCUCUUCAAAGGGGGUGACACUCUAGGUCCAAACUGUUACAGACCUAUAUCCAUCCUGCCCUGCCUUUCUAAAGUUUUUGAAAGCCAAGUUAACAAACAGAUCACCGACCAUUUCGAAUCACACCGUACCUUCUCCGCUAUGCAAUCCGGUUUCCGAGCUGGUCAUGGGUGCACCUCAGCCACGCUCAAGGUCCUAAACGAUAUUAUAACUGUGAUCGAUAAUAGACAGUACUGUGUAGCCGUCUUCAUCGACCUGGCCAAGGCUUUCGACUCUGUCAACCACCGCAUUCUUAUUGGCAGAUUAAAUAGCCUUGGUUUCUCAAAUGACUGCCUCGCCUGGUUCACCAACUACUUCUCAGAUAGAGUUCAAUGUGUCAAAUCGGAGGGCCUGUUGUCUGGACCUAUGGCAGUCUCUAUGGGGGUGCCACAGGGUUCAAUUCUUGGGCCGACUCUUUUCUCUGUGUAUAUCAAUGAUGGCGCUCUUGCUGCUGGUGAUUCUCAGAUCCACCUCUAUGCAGACAACACCAUUUUGUAUACAUCUGGCCCUUCAUUGGACACUGUGUUAACAAACCUCCAAACGAGCUUCAAUGCCAUACAACACUCCUUCCGUAGCCUCCAACUGCUCUUAAACACAAGUAAAAGUAAAUGCAUGCUCUUCAAUCGAACGCUGCUGGCACCCGCCCACCCGACUAGAAUCACUACUCUCGACGGGUCUGACCUAGAGUAUGUGGACAACUACAAAUACGUAGGUGUCUGGUUAGACUGUAAACUCUCCUUCCAGACUCACAUUAAGCAUCUCCAAUCCAAAGUUAAAUCCAGAAUCGGCUUCCUAUUUCGCAACAAAGCCUCCUUCACUCAUGCUGCCAAACAUGCCCUCUUAAAACGGACUAUCCUACCGAUCCUUGACUUCGGCGAUGUCAUUUACAAAAUAGCCUCCAACACUCUACUCAGCAAAUUGGAUGUAGUCUAUCACAGUGCCAUCCGUUUUGUCACCAAAGCCCCAUAUACUACCCACCACUGUGACCUGUACGCUCUUGUUGGCUGGUCCUCACUACAUAUUCGUCGCCAAACCCACUGGCUCCAGGCCAUCUAUAAAUCACUGCUAGGCAAAUCCCCGCCUUAUCUUAGCUCAUUGGUCACCAUAGCAACACCCACCCGUAGUAUGCGCUCCAGCAGGUAUAUCUCACUGGUCAUCCCCAAAGCCAACACCUCCUUUGGCCGCCAUUCCUUCCAGUUCUCUGCUGCCAAUGACUGGAACGAACUGCAAAAAUCUGAAGCUGGAGACUCUUAUCUCCCUCACUAACUUUAAGCAUCAGUUGUCAGAGCACCUUACCGAUCACUGCACCUGUACACAGCCCAUCUGAAAUUAGCCCACCCAACUACCUCAUUCCCAUAUUGUUAUUUAUUUUGCUCAUUUGCACCCCAGUAUCUCUAUUUGCACAUCAUCUCCUGCACAUCUAUCAUUCCAGUGUUAAUACUAAUUGUAAUUAUUUUGCACUAUGGCCUAUUUAUUGCCUUACCUCCAUAACUUGCUACAUUUGCACACACUGUAUAUAUAUUUUCUAUUUUUCUGUUGUAUUUUUGACUUUAUGUUUUGUUUUACCCAUAUGUAACUCUGUGGUGUUUUUAUCGCACUGCUUUGUUUUAUCUUGGCCAGGUCGCAGUUGUAAAUGAGAACUUGUUCUCAACUCGCUUACCUGGUUAAAUAAAGGUGAAAAAAAAGAAGAAAAACUGCUGUAUACAAAAUAGACACUGUACAUUACACACUCUACAUAAUACAUACAUUCCACGUUAUCCCUGUCAUACACAUUGUACACUUCUCAUAUAGCCACAUACAUACAUACAUACAUACAUACAUACAUACAUACAUACAUACAUACAUACGUACAUACACACACUACAUUACCAAAAGAAUGUGGACACCUCCUCGUCGAACAUCUCAUUCCAAAAUCAUGGGCAUUAAUAUGGAGUUGGUCCCCCCUUUGCUGCUAUAACAGCUUCCACUUUUCUGGGAAGGCUUUCCACUAGAUGUUGGAACAUUGCUGCAGGGACUUGCUUCCAUUCAGCCACAAGAGCAUUAGUGAGGUCGGGCACUGAUGUUGGACGAUUAGGCCUGGCUCGCAGUCAGCGUUCCAAUUCAUCCCAAAGGUGUUCGAUGGGGUUGAGGUCAGGGCUCUGUGCAGGCCAGUCAAGUUCUUCCACCACGAUCUCGACAAACCAUUUCUGUAUGGACCUCGCUUUGUGCACGUUGGCAUUGUCAUGCUGAAACAGGAAAGGGUCUUCCCCAAACUGUUGCUACAAAGUUGGAAACACAGAAUCGUCUAGAAUAUAAUUGUAAGCUGUAGCGUCAAGAUUUCCCUUCACUGGAACUAAGGAGCCUGAACCAUGAAAAACAGCCCCAGACCAUUACUCCUCCACCAAACUUUACAGUUGGCACUAUGCAUUUGGGCAGGUAGCAUUCUCCUGGUAUCCACCAAACCCAGAUUCAUCCGUCGGACUGCCAGAUAGUGAAGUGUGAUUCAUCACUCCAGAGAACGUGUUUCUACUGCUCCAGAGUCCAAUGGCGGCGAGCUUUACACCACUCCAGCCGACGCUUGGCAUUGCGCAUGGUGAUCUUAGGCUUGUGUACGGCUGCUCGGCCAUGGAAACCCAUUUCAUGAAGCUCCUGACGAACAGUUAAUGUGCUGACGUUCCUUCCAGAGGCAGUUUGGAACUCGGUAGUGAGUGUUGCAACCGACGACUGACGAUUUUUAUGGGCUACGCGCUUCAGCGGUCCCGUUCAGUGAGCUUGUGUGGCCUACCACUUCGCGGCUGAGCCGUUGUUGCUCCUAGACAUUUCCACUUCACAACAACAGCACUUACAGUUGACCGGGGCAGCUCUAGCAGGGCAGAAAUUUGAAGAACUGACUUCAGUAAGGCCAUUCUACUGCCAAUGUUCUCGUAUGGAGAUUGCAUGGCUGUGUGCUCAAUGUUAUACACCUGUCAGCAACGGGUGUGGCAGAAAUAGCCGAAUCCACUAAUUUAAAGGGGUGUCCACAUACUUUUGUAUAUGUAGUGUACUUUUGUGUGUGUAUGUAGGUCAAAGAAAGAUACCUUCGGAAAGUAUUUAGACCCUUAUUCUAAAAUGUAUUAAAAAAAUUUUUUCUCCACAUCAAUCUACACAUAAUACCCCAUAAUGACAAAGCAAAAACAGGUUUUUAGACAUAAAAAACUGAAAUAUUACAUUUACAUAAGUAUUCAGACCUUUUACUCAGUACUUUGUUGAAGCACCUUUGGCAGCGAUUACAGAAUCUAGUCUACUUGGGUAUGACGCUACAAGCUUGGCACACCUGUAUUUGGGGAGUUUCUCCCAUUCUUCUCUGCAGAUCCUCUCAAGCUCUGUCAGGUUGGAUUUUCAGGUCUCUCCAGAGAUGUUCGAUCGGGUUCAAGUCCGGGCUCUGGCUGGGCCACUCAAGGACAUUGAGACUUGUCCCGAAGCCACUCCUGCGUUGUAUUGGCUGUGUUUAAGGUCGUUGUCCUGUUGGAAGGAAAACCUUCGCCCCAGUCUGAGGUCCUGAGUGCUCUGGAGCAGGUUUUCAUCAAGGAUCUCUCUGUACUUUGCUCCGUUCAUCUUUGCCUCGAUCCUGACUAGUCUCCCAGUCCCUGCCGCUGAAAAACAUCCCCACAGCAUGAUGCUGCCGCCAACAUGCUUCACCAUAGGGAUGGUGCCAGCUCUAGGAAGAGUCUUGGUGGUUCCAAACGUCUUCCAUUUAAGAAUGAUUGAGGCCACUGUGUUCUUGGGGACCUUCAAUGCUGCAGAAAUGUUUUGGUACCCUUCCCCAGAUCUGUGCCUCGACACAAUCCUGUCUCAGAGCUCAACGGACAAUUCCUUCGACCUCAUGGCUUGGUUUUUGCUCUGACAUGCACAGUCAACUGUGGGAACUUAUAUAGAUAGGUGUGUGCCUUUCCAAAUCAUGUCCAAUCAAUUGAAUUUACCACAGGUGGACUCCAAUCAAGUUGUAGAAACAUCUCAAGAAUGAUCAAUGGAAACAGGAUGCACCUGAGGUGAAUUUCGAGUCUCAUAGCAAAGUGCCUGAAUACUUAUGUAAGUAAGGUAUUUCUGUUUUUUAUUUUUAAUAAAUAUUCAAACAUUUAUUAAAACCUGUUUUCGCUUUGUCAUUAUGGGGUAUUGUGUGUAGAUUGCUGAAGAAAAAAUAAAUAUUUAAUCCAUUUUAGAAUAAGGCUGUAAUUUAACAAAAUGUGGAAAAAGACAAGGGGUCUGAAUACUGUCCGAAGUCACUGUAUAUAUUUUGUUAUUUCAUAGCCAAUGUGGACCUGACAGAGACAAUAUAAUAUUUGUAAUGUUUUGGCAAUUGAAUGUUCACAGUUUUUGGCUUUGGAAUUUCCAUUAAAAAGCUACGAAAUCAUUGUAAUGUAAUUAUUUCAUAAUGCGUUUAAUGAUUAAAAAAAUCUCUAAAUCGAAAACCGUGAUAAUUUUUUUCAAUGGUGUCUUAUGUUAUGUCCAAGGUGGUGGUGUUAUAUUAUGUUCCAACACCACAUGAUUGUGACUUUGUAUUUCAAUAAAAAUGUCAAUAUAUCAAAACAGGUUUUACCGGUGGAGAGGAAGUUCUUCCACUACAAUACAAAUACUUUUGGACAGCUCAAGCAAGCACACCAUUUUUCUUCAGGAAAAUUACCCUUUCUAGUUCAAUAAUAAAAUCUUUCUAUAUCAAUGUAUCAAACAGGUGUUACCGGUGGAGAGUCGGAGUCGGAGUCUGAGGGAGGAGGGUGGAGUCACAGAGGUAGCGAACCUUGACCUCCAGUAUGGCUGGCUGAAGAUCCCGCCCCGCUGCAUGUUCGACCACCCGGACGCCGAACGCACCCUCAACCACCUCAUCUCCGGCUUCGAGAACUUUGAGAAGAAGAUCAGCUACACCUUCCAGAACAAGGCCUACCUGCUGCAGGCCUUCACACACGCCUCCUACCAUUAUAAUACCAUUACAGGUUAGAAAUAUCACCAUUUUAGGUGAGACCUAAUAAUAACAAGGUGAGGGCCUGUAGUAGCACAGCAACCCAAUUCAGUUGCAAUACGAUCAUACCUAAGGGGCUGUAAUAUUAAAACAACAAUACCAUUAGCUGAACCACUUUAAAGAGGCACGCAGAAAAACUUGAAGUAGUUGAUUACAGCUUCGCUUUAGUAUGCCUGCUGGUGCCUCAGUAAUAAGCUUAUUUUGUGUCGACUUAGUAUGAUUGACACUUCCUCUCAUCACUCCCUCCCGCUCUUUCUCUCCCCGCUCUCUCUCUGUCCCAGAUUGUUACCAGCGGCUGGAGUUUCUUGGCGAUGCAAUUUUAGACUACCUCAUAACGAAGCACCUUUAUGAAGACCCGCGCCAACACUCUCCCGGCGUGCUAACAGACCUGCGCUCGGCACUCGUCAACAACACUAUCUUCGCCUCCCUGGCCGUCCAGUACGACUACCACAAGUACUUCAAGGCUGUGUCGCCCGAGCUGUUUCACGUCAUUGACGACUUUGUGCAAUUCCAGCUGGAGAAGAACGAGAUGCAAGGCAUGGACUCUGAGGUGGGUUUACGGUUAGGUUGUCCAUCUCCGGGAUUUUGAAGUUGGAUUGCAUCUCAAAUGGCACUCUAUUCCCUAUAUAGAGCCCAUAGGGCUCUGGUCAAAAGUGGUGCACUAUAUAGGGAAUAGGGUGCCAUUUGGGAUGCAGCCUUGGUGAAGAAGUUGUUUGUUGUGGUGUAGUUAUUGGUGCUUUCUGGAUGUGGAACAAAAGUUGCGUGUGUUUGUUUGUCGUAGUGGGAUGUACACUACCGGUCAAAAGUUUUAGAACACCUACUUAUUCCAAAAAAAAUGUUUUUUUGUGACUCUUUUCUACAUUGUAGAAUAAUAGUGAAGACAUCAAAAGUAUGAAAUAACACAUAUGGAAUCAUGUAGUAACCAAAAAAGUGUUAAACAAAUCAAAAUAUAUGUUAUAUUUGAGAUUCUUCAAAUAGCCACCCUUUGCCUUGAUGACAGCUUUGCACACUCUUGGCAUUCUCUCAACCAGCUUCACCUGGAAUGCUUUUCCAACAGUCUUGAAGGAGUUCCCACAUAUGCUAAGCACUUGUUGGCUGCUUUUCCUUCACUCUGCGGUCCGACUCAUCUCAAACCAUCUCAAUUUGGUUGAGGUCAGGGGAUUGUGGAGGCCAGGUCAUCUGAUGUAACACUUACACAGCCUGGAGGUUUGUUGGGUCAUUGUCCUAUUGAAAACCAAAUGAUAGUCCCACUAAGCCCAAACCAGAUGGGAUGGCGUAUCGCUGUAGAAUGCUGUGGUAGCCAUGCUGGUUAAGUGUGCCUUGAAUUCUAAAUAAAUCACAGACCGUGUCACCAGCAAAGCACCCCCACACCAUAACACCUCCUCCUCCAUGCUUUAUGGUGGGAAAUAUACAUGCGGAGAUCAUCCGUUCACCCACACCGCGUCUCACAAAGACACGGCAGUUGGAACUAAAAAUCUCAAAUUUGGACUCCAGACCAAAGAACACAUUUCCACUGGUCUAAUGUCCAUUGCUCGUGUUUCUUGGCCCAAGCAAGUCUCUUCUUCUUAUUGGUGUCCUUUAGUAGUGGUUUCUUUGCAGCAAUUCGACCAUGAAGGCCUGAUUCACACAGUCUCCUCUGAACAGUUGAUGUUGAGAUAUGUCUGUUACUUGAACUCUAUGAAGCAUUUAUUGGGCUGCAAUUUCUGAGGCUGGUAACUCUAAUGAACUUAUCCUCUGCAGCAGAGGUAACUCUGGGUCUUCCAUUCCUGUGGCGGUCCUGAUGAGAGCCAGUUUCAUCAUAGCGCUUGAUGGUUUCUGCGACUGCGCUUGAAGAAACUUUCAAAGUUCUUGAAAUGUUCCGUAUUGACUGACCUUCAUGUCUUAAAGUAAGGAUGGACUGUUUGUUCUCUUUGCUUAUUUGAGCUGUUCUUGCCAUAAUAUGGACUUGGUCUUUUACCAAAUAGGGCUGUCUUCUGUAUACCUUAUCACAACACAACUGAUUGGCUCAAAUGCAUUAAAAAGGAAAGAAAUUCCUCAAAUUAACUUUUAAGAAGGCACACCUAUUAAUUGAAAUGCAUUCCAGGUGACUACCUCAUGAAGCUGGUUGAGAUCAUUUCAAAAGUGUGCAAAGCUGUCAUCAAGUCAAAUGGUGGCUAUUUGAAGAAUCUCAAAUUUAAGAUAUAUUUUGAUUUGUUUAACACUUUUUUGGUUACUACAUGAUUCCAUAUGUGUUAUUUCAUAGUUUUGAUGUCUUCACUAUUAUUCUACAAUGUAGAAAAUAGUAAAAAAUAAAGAAAAACCCUUGAAUGAGUAGGUGUUCUAAAACUUUGACCGGUAGUGUACAUCUGUUGUAUUUCUCUUGUUCUACUGUUCGAAGUGUCCGCCCAUUCCCAAUUUUCCCAGCAUACCUCAGUGUAUAUGUCAACCAAUAAAUUUUCAGGGACAUAAUGAUAGCUUUUGGCCUUGUUGAUAAUUACUAACAUUUAAAUAUGUUUUGUGGGACAUAAUCAUGUUUUUUCUGCCCCUAUUGCUAAUUAUUAACAGCCCAAAACAUGGGCUGUCAGUUCUUAUGAAUCUGUUUUAUAUUUUGUUGAGUUUUGAGUAUUGGAAAGAGAGUUGGAUUGGAGUGAGAGCAGUUGGAUUUAAUUUAUUUUGAAAUGCCUAUCUUGGCAGUGAAUCUGGUCUCGUUUGAGCAGUGCUGGUUUUAUGCCUAAGGGACAACAUUGGAUACAGUAAGAGGAAAAACAAAUUCAGGAAAAUCGGUAAAUAUUUCCCCUUAAUAGCACAACUGGACAACGGGGUCUCUGGGUCUCCAGAGUGUGCAAGGGUACAGCUGAGUUUUUGGUAUUAAACUUAAUACAGUAAUAACUUGAAUACAGUUCAAUACUUGUAUUAAACCAUUGAAGCUUGCCGAUUAUACAUUUGCAAUUUUCUGUCGAUGUAGGCCUAUACGUAAAAUGAGGUGUGUAAUAGAUAUUUUUCUCCUCAGAUAUUACAUUUUCAAAGGAAAAUACUAAAUUCACACUAUAGCUAACGUUGACUUUUUUCUAAGCGCAUUUGUUACUAGAUGGAUAUUAAAUGAAAUUGGUGACAAUGCUCAGUCAGCGUUAUUAGAAAGAUGCCAUACUACAGCACAGACAAUCAAUUUUUACUUUAAUCCACUCGAGAGAAAAUCUUUCUUUUUUUCACCCUAACAAAACAACUUGUACUUCAUCUCUGUUAUUCCCCCUUUCUUUCAGCUGCGGCGGUCAGAGGAAGACGAGGCGAAAGAGGAGGACAUUGAGGUCCCCAAAGCAAUGGGAGACAUCUUUGAGUCGCUAGCCGGAGCAAUUUACAUGGAUAGCAGGAUGUCACUGGAGACUGUGUGGCAAGUGUAUUAUCCAAUGAUGAGGCCACUUAUAGGUAAGGAGGAGAGAAACGGAGAGAGGGAAACUUCGUCCACAUUUAGAUUUUCGGUUUUCUGAUUGUUCCACUGAUUUGCAAAAUGUAAAUGUUCUCAUAUUUGUCUGUCCCAGUGAUACAUCAUAUUGAGGAGUUAAAAAGAUGAAGGUUCAUGUUAUAACGUUUUUAUUUUCUCUCGCAGAGAAAUUCUCGGCUAAUGUCCCUCGCUCUCCGGUGCGGGAGCUGUUGGAGAUGGAGCCAGAGACGGCCAAGUUCAGGUAAGAAUUAUUUUGUUUUGUUUUAGUUUUAGCUUACUUACUUGAUUGCAAUUAAUGUAAUCUUUCCCCUUCUUUUCUAUCCCCUCACCCUCUACCCCAUAUAGAUCCUAAAAUUCACAUAUGCAUUGUUUUAUACAAUAUUUUACCAUAUUUAAUCAGUGUCUAGAAUAAAAGCUUUCCUGACCAAGAUGGUUGUGUUGCUAGAAUGCCAUUGUCCCUCAAGUGUCCUUUAUGUCAUUAUUUGCCCUCCUCUUCAGCCCUGCAGAGAGGACGUACGACGGGAAGGUCCGUGUGACGGUGGAGGUCGUGGGCAAGGGCAAGUUCAAAGGCGUGGGCCGCAGCUAUCGGAUUGCCAAGUCUGCCGCCGCGCGCCGGGCCCUGCGCAGCCUCAAAGCCAACCAACCUCAGGUCCCGAACAACUGA